AUGGUGUUCACGGAUGCUUCCAAAAGUCCUACUCUCACAGGCAUAGAAUUAAUCGCCAUUUUAGAAGCAACAAGAGAAAUCAAACGUAAAAACCUGAAAAGAUGUCUGAUUAUCUCAGAUUCAAUGAGUGCCCUUGAAAAAAUAUCAAAAUGGAGGAAUUCAGCUAAAAACGAACAUAUCACUCUCGCAAUUAGAGCAAACCUGUUAUAUCUGAGUGACCAUGGUUUCUCUAUAAAACUUAUAUGGAUCCCAAGUCACACUAACAUUCAAGGUAACGACAUGGCUGAUAAUCUUGCAAAACAAGGUUCUGAGGAAUCAGUUAUCAAGAGGGCAGAUAUUAGUGACUUUUGGCCUAGAUACAAAAGAAUUGUUUGGGAAAGAUGGAGAGAGGAGUGGAAGAGAACCGAGAAGGUUAUUUGUUCGAUGUGCGAAUGGCUGAGUCCUAGCACAUAG